GGGGGAUGAGGAGAAGGGCUGCCGGAGAUGGGAAGGGGGCUGUCGGAAAAUAGGGAAAGGUGGUGGUGGGGUUGUCGUGGGUGGGGAUGGGAUGGGUAGAUGGGCUGGCUAGUUUUUUUUUUUUUUUUUUGUUUUUAAAAUUUUUCUUUUAUUAAAAUUUUGGAUAAACCCAUAUUAUUAGAUAGGUUAUCUAAACUAUCCGAUCUGAAAAUUUCGGAUGUCCAGUAUUUGAUUUUUUGGAUAUCCGAUCCAUGUUAAUCCGUAGAUGGAGGGAGUAUUUUUUUUUUAAGGGGUAUGAGGUAGAGUUAGAAUCAUUUGGCUCGUGGACUCAGACACCAACUAAUACUAUGCAACUCCAAGCCGCCUGUUCACCAACUCUUUCCCACCAACCUCACCGCCGCCAACUCGUCGGAGAUCCUUCCGGUCGACCUAUCUCGCUUUCUUCUCAUCCCGUCGGCAUUUCUUUCAAAACAUCAAACAUUAGGGAAGAGUUUUUUCCUAGACUAAGAGUGGUGAUGAGAUCUCAAAGUACUUCCGAUCCUAUUGAACUAGAUGUCUCAUUGAGUCCAAGGGUUAACUCUGUUAAGCCCUCUAAAACAGUUGCGAUAACAGAUCAAGCAACUGCUCUUGUACAAGCUGGUGUUCCAGUAAUUAGGUUGGCGGCUGGUGAGCCCGACUUUGAUACCCCACCGGUGAUAGCUGAGGCUGGCAUUAAUGCAAUUCGUGAAGGGCAUACUAGAUAUACUCCAAAUGCAGGUACUAUGGAACUUCGCACUGCUAUAUGCCACAAAUUAAAAGAGGAAAAUGGAAUUGAUUACUCCCCAGAUCAAAUUUUAGUGAGUAAUGGAGCUAAACAAUCUAUUCUACAAGUAGUGCUUGGUGUUUGUUCACCCGGAGAUGAGGUUGUAAUUCCUGCACCUUAUUGGGUAAGUUACCCUGAAAUGGCAAGGUUGGCUGAUGCAACUCCUGUGAUUGUUGACACUGGAAUAUCUCGUAACUUUUUAAUGGACCCGAAGCAUCUGGAGUCAAAACUUAAUGAGAAGUCAAGGUUGUUGAUUCUAUGCUCACCAUCCAACCCAACAGGUUCUGUUUAUCCCAAGGAACUCCUUGAAGAGAUUGCUGCAAUUGUAGCACGACACCCCCGACUUCUGGUCUUGUCUGAUGAGAUUUAUGAGCAUAUCAUCUAUUCACCGGCUAAGCAUACUAGCUUUGCUUCACUACCUGGAAUGUGGGAGAGGACUUUGACUGUCAAUGGCUUUUCCAAGGCCUUUGCUAUGACUGGUUGGAGACUUGGAUAUCUUGCUGGUCCAAAACAUUUUGUUGCUGCUAGUGGAAAGAUUCAGAGCCAGUCAACUUCAGGUGCCUGCAGUAUAUCCCAAAAAGCUGGAGUUGCUGCUCUUGGAAUGGGUAAGGCUGGUGGGGAGACAGUGGCAACAAUGGUAAAAGCAUUUAGAGAGAGACGUGAUUUCUUAAUUAAAGGUUUCAGUGAGCUGGAAGGUGUAAAGAUAUCCGAUCCUCAGGGAGCUUUCUAUCUGUUUCUCGAUUUCAGCUCUUAUUAUGGUUCAGAAGCUGAAGGGUUUGGUGCCAUAAAUGGGUCAGAAUCCCUCUGUCGCUUUUUACUUGACAAAGCUCAGGUGGCACUUGUUCCGGGAGAUGCUUUUGGGGAUGACAACUGUAUUCGCAUUUCAUAUGCAGAAUCUCUUUCCACUCUCGAGAAGGCCCUGGACAACAUAAAGAAAGCCAUCCCCUUGCUCAAGUUGCCGGUGUCAAUCAACUAACUUGUUCAUUUUGGAAGAAGACCAUUUAGUCACGUACCAUUUACUUCAUACAAUACAACUCAAUUGUCAAUCAUCUUUUCAUUACAAAUAUAGAAUCAUGGUCUCUGAUUCUUGUGACUAUCAGCAUUGGUGUGAACACUAAAUUAGAAUUGUAUGUUUGAAUGUAUAUUUAAUUUUCAAAAACAUUAUUAUAAUUAAGAUAUUACCAUUAUUGUUUUGAAGUUAA